CAGAGAGGGGACAGCAUGGAGAGGAACCCCCUGGCCAUGGGAGCUGCCCUGCAGGACCCUGGCGUGGCCAUGGCAGUGCCCGAUGAUUUGGAGAUCAUCGAGGAGCUCAUCAAGGCCGAUGGGUUCCACCCGGACCCCCCCCUCCUGCCCCCCCCCAGGGGCUCCCCCAAACUGGUGCCUCGUGGCUCCAGCCCCUUAGUAGCCACCCGGCCCGGUUUGGUGGCCCAGUACGGCCCCACGGUUCUGCCGGUACCGGCACCAACCCCACAGCUGACCCAAAGCCUCAGCACCCUCAGCCUGGCACCCAAAGGGGACCCAGGGGACAAGGAGAAGAUGGGGGGGGGUCUGGACCCCCCGAGGUUCAGGGAGGUUCUGGACCCCCCCAAGUUGGGGGAGGUUCUGGAGCCUCCCGGAAUCAGGGGGGUUCUGGACUCCCCCAGGCUGAGGGAGGUUCUGGAUCCUCCUAAAUUGGGGGAGGUUCUGGACCCCCCAAGACUGGGGGGGGUUCUGGACCCUCCUGAGUUGGGGGAGGUUCUGGACCCCCCGAGGAUCGGGGGGGUUCUGGACCCUCCUAGGAUCAGGGGGGUUCUGGACCCCCCGAGGUUCAGGGAAGUUCUGGACCCCCCUAAUUUGGGGGAGGUUCUGGAGCCUCCUAAAUUGGGGGAGGUUCUGGACCCCCCCAAGAUGAGGGAGGUUCUGGACCCCCCAGGACUUGGGGGGGUUCUGGACCCUCCGAGGUUCAGGGAAGUUCUGGACCCCCCUAAGUUGGGGGAGGUUCUGGAACCUCCCAGAAUCGGGGAGGUUCUGGACAACUCCAGGCUUAGGGAGGUUCUGGAGCCACCGAGGUUCGGGGAGGUUCUGGAGCCUCCCAGUCUGAGGGGGGAGGUUCUGGUCCCGGCCCGGUUCGGGGAGGUUCUGGCCCCGCCCCGGUUGGUGAUCACGGAGCAGCCGAAGCAGCGGGGGAUGCGGUUCCGGUACCAGUGUGAGGGGAGAUCCGCGGGAAGCAUCCUGGGGGAGAGCAGCACCGAGGCCACCAAAACCCUGCCUGCCAUCGAGCUCCUGCAGUGCCAGGACAUCCCCGAGGUGACGGUGACGGCCUGCCUGGUGUGGAAGGAUUGGCCUCACCGCGUCCACCCCCACGGCCUGGUGGGCAAGGACUGCGCCAACGGGCUGUGCCGGGUGGUCCUAAAACCCCAAACCAACCCCAAACACAGCUUCAGCAAUCUGGGAAUUCAGUGCGUGAAGAAGAAGGAGAUCGAGGCGGCCAUAGAGAGGAAACUGCAGCUGGGAAUUGACCCCUUCAAAGGUGGGGGGCACCCUAAAAGGGGGGGGGGACCCUAA